UUUGACUCGAUCGAUUCAAUUCACAGGUCCCUUGAACUGAAGCCCAUAAUUGGUGUGAAAAAUUUCUUUAUCUCAACAUCCUCUUGGCCACAUGACAAAUAUCCUAUUCCCAUCUCAGCUAUCUCCAAAAAAGGCUCAGAAUUUGAUAUAAGUAUCAAAGUUAUAAGGUUCUUGAGGGACUACCCGUCUUUCUUUGAAGAGUUUAAAGGUCCUUGCUAUAAUCUACCUUGGUUUAGACUGACUGAUAAUGCCAUUACGCUUGAUAAAGAGGAAAGAUUAGUAUAUGAAGAAUUUAGAGAUGAUAUCGUGGGGAGAUUGAAAAUAUUUAUAUUGAUGAGUGGCAGUAGAUGGAUACUUCCUUUAAAGGUUAUUAAGGGCUUGCGGUGGUAUCUAGGGUUGCCUGACGAAUUUUUCAGGGAUCCUAUGGAUUAUAUUGGAAGCAAUGGCAAUUUUAGGAUUGUGGACAUAAAAGACGGAUUAAAGGGGUUGGCAGUUCUUGAAGAGUAUAGUGACCGAAAAAGUGAUAAAAUCUUGUCAAUGUUGCAGCAGAGUGCAAUGAGGAAGGGAAUAUACAGUGGGGAUGCUGAUGAGGCAAUUGCAUUUCCGUUGUUCCCCUCUAAAGGGCUGCGGUUAAAUCAGAAGAUAAAAGAUUGGUCUGAUGAAUUGCAAAAACUCCCAUACGUCUCUCCAUAUGCUGACUACUCAAAUUUAAACCCCAACAGCGACAUAUCAGAGAAACGGCUCGUGGGAGUGCUACAUGAGCUGUUGUGUUUGUUUGUCGAACAUGCUGCUGAAAGAAAGUCAUUCUUUUGUCUGAGGAAAUAUUUAGGGCUGCCUCAUUACAAGUGA